CAAGUUGGCGCUUUCUAUUGGGGAAACCAAAGAGUUUGAGAAGACGGGACUUCCUGUGGCCAAGGGCUCUGCCGCCAUAGUGAGAGGGAAAAAAAACAAAAAACCAGUGGGCGGGGCUGGGCGCGAGGUCGGCUUUUUCCGGGUUCCAACCGGAGUGAGAACUACCGCUGACUCAACGCAGCUUGAGUGGCAGCUUCGGCGAAGCCCUGCGGGUGACGGGAUGGCAUCUAAGACCUGGGAUCACAUAUGUGUAAAAGAGGAGCCAGAGCAUCUGGAAGUGAAUAUGGAGUUGACAGGAGAAUCAAAAGAGACAGUUUCCCAAAGCCUGAAACAUAAAAGAGAGUGUAAGAGUCAGGAUUCCUUAGAGAAGCAAAAUGAACCUGCUUCUAAUGCAAGGCUAAAGGUAGCCGCUGAAUACAAGGAGCCGGGUUUAAACAGUGUUGACCAAAUUGUUAUCCAGCAGUUGAUCCACAUUGGAAAAAAUAAGAUCUCCUGCAUCAAGCAGGAGGAUGCCUUCUGUCAGAGCGCUGGCCUCAGUAAACCUCAGAUCAUCCAUUUUGGAGAGAAACCAUACUUGUGCAUCAUCUGUAAUAAAACCUUCCGCAACCACUCGGGACUUAUGGUACAUCAGCGAAUCCACACAGGGGAGAAGCCGUAUAAAUGUCCUGAUUGCGAGAAGAGCUUCAACCAGCGAUCGCACCUGACCUCUCACCGUGGGACCCACACAGGGGAGAAGCCCUUCAAGUGCUUUGACUGCGGGAAAAGUUUCAGUUACAACUCGGGGCUCAUCAUCCACCAGCGGAUCCACACAGGGGAAAAGCCGUACAAAUGCAAUGACUGCGAAAAAAGCUUCAGUCAGAAGUCCCACCUGCUUUCUCACCAGAGGACGCAUGUGGGAGAGAAGUCCUUUAAAUGCCUCGACUGCGGAAAGAGUUUCAGCUACAAUUCUGGCCUUGUUAUACAUCAGCGGAUCCACACAGGGGAGAAGCCCUACAAAUGCUCUGACUGCGGGAAGAGCUUCAAUCAGCGGUCGCACCUCAUCUCCCACCAAGGUAUUCAUACAGGAAGGAAGCCCUAUACGUGCAAAGACUGUGGCAAGAGUUUCAGCUUCAACUCUGGGCUUGUGAUCCAUCAACGGCUUCAUACAGGGGAGAAACCUUAUAAAUGCUCCAACUGUGGGAAAAGCUUCAAUCAGAAGUCACAUCUCAUUUCACAUCAGAGGGUUCACAGUGGGCUAAAACCCUAGAAUCAUAGAUCUGGAAGAGAACACAGGGGCCACUCAGUCCAACCCCCUUCUGCCAUGUAGGAAUAUACAGUCAGAGCACUCCUGACAGAUAGUUAUCCAGCCUCUGCUUAAAAGCAUGACUCAGUAGAAAUUAUUUUAUACAGGGGACUAAUUUUAAUUGACAUAAGCAUCAGCCCAUGGAUACAUUGUUUUUUUUAAUAAUAACUUGCAGAUAACAGCACAUUGCUGGUUUUGCUCAACCAGUGUUUUUUUUUAAGCAGUGCACUUGUUUUAGAACAAUAUUUCCCAAAAUCUGGUCCACCGGGUAUUUUGGAUUUCAGCUUCCAGAAUCCCUGGAAGCUGAGGCUUCUGGAAGUUAGAAUCCAAAACACCUGGAGAACUAGAGUUUAGAAAUCACUGUUCUAGAAUUUUAAAAGGAAGUUUUGUUUUGUCUUUAACAUUUGGCGAACUGUAACAAAGAGAAUGACUGUUCACUGCCCCCACCCUCACCCCAAAAAAAUUGCAGACAGAAUAGGUGAAUUCAAGUAUGCAGUUAAGUAUGAACAUUCUUACUGCAAAACUACCAAUAUUGGAGUGACACAUAUAUUCCUUUUUAUGAGGAGGAAGAAACACCCUUGCAGUCAAGGUAUUUAUUUUUAUUCCUUUUUAUCAAGUUUUUGCAGCCUGUUUAAAACAAUAUCUCAAAGUGGUACUCAAAAAGAACAUUUGAAAGCAUUAAAAUAAACCAAGUAAAAAUUAAAAUGUAGAUAAAUUUUAAAAAGAGUACGGCUUCUUAAUUUUUUCUCACUUCUUUUGCACCCAAUAAAUUUUUUACAUGACCCUAGGUAUAUAGGUAUAUAAAAUCGGUAUAAUAUCACACAUUUACUAAUAAUCAGCAUUUUCAAGGUUUGCUAAAGAAGCUGAUUUUCCUUAUGAGGAGUACAGCUAAAGUAUCUUCUGCAGAGCCUGCUGUAAACAGUUCAUGUUGUUGCUAACAGAUUUAUGUAAAUGGAUGGUGUUCAGAAACCUUCUAACAUUGCCAAUUUUUGUGACUCCCAACAUGAAGCUAAGGGGACUCCCAUUUGGGGUCAGAACCCUCAGUUUAAGAAGCAUUGCUUUCUUUAGUACUUUGAAAGUACUUUAAACCUAUUAAAAUUAUUUCACUAAUCCUUACAACUGGAGUGCAAAGUGUGGUCCCCAGAGGGCUACUUCCCAGUUGCAUUCCAGAGGGGUUCCUGGGUUGUUUUGCAUCCAGCGGAAGCCAUUUUUCCAUAGAAAUUGAACCAGAAAUUUGCUUCACUUAUUGUUAGAAAAAGACCUCUCCUCGUCCUAAAAUAUCCUGGAAGGCAAGGCCAUGGUGAAAUUGCUCCACACUCUCACAGGAUCUUUUGGGACAAAAUAUUAAUUCUGACAAUAGAUGACUUUAUUGGGGAGAUAGCCCUUGAUGCCUUCUGGGUGCAGUUUGCUUCUGAGCAUAAUUCAAAGUGCUGGUUAUUACCCUAAAUACUUUCAGAAUUGGUUGUAUCUGAAUGAGGGUUUGCUCUUAUUUGAGUGUACCUGUCCUCUCCAAGCAUCUUGAGAGGCCUUUUCUAUCCUGUUGCCAUAACCCAGGGCAGUGUCUUUUCAGUUGUGUUGCGAAACUUCCUGCACAUUGCAUUUCUGUGGGGAAAAACAUUAUUGCUACCUCUGGUUUGGUAUAUUUGUUGAGUUUGUUUCCAAAACGUAAUCAAAUCCUCCAAAAUUGGAAAAUGAGUUCUAGGUGGCAGCACAUUGUUGACUAGGAGUAGAAUAUUAUGUACAGAUCAAAACUAUCAAAAUGUUUCAAAUCACUUCAGUACAGGGCUUGGCAAAUUGCAUUUUAAGGUAAAUAAAUGCAUACCCUCAGCAUGUUUUUUUAAAAAUCCCUGUAAAAUUUGUUCAGAUGGAUUUAGUAUUGUUUGGAAACAAAGUCCACAUUUCUUCCCUCUACCCUACAGUCAUAUCACCUUAUUUUAUUUAUUUAUUUUUAAACUGGCUUCUGUUUGUUUUUUUUAAAAUUCAAAAUGUAUUUGUUUGGAUAGGGUUUAAUCAUGCUUAGGGUAAACUCACUGAAAUUAGCAAGACAUCAAUUAGCUGGGAGGCAUGGUCUAAAUGUGACUAAUCCUGAACCUAACGUGUCAUUUUGUGGACUGUAUAUUGUGUUAACAGAUAUUCUGAGCUGCUCCAAGGGACCUAUAAGGGGCUGGAAGGCAAGAAAUACACACUUUAAUCAAAUUAUGAUUUCUUAUUUUAAACUAUAUAACAGCUUUACUGACAACAACGUAACUGAAAACAACACUCAUAUACUGAAUAUUGCUGUGUAGUUGCUAUAUAUUACAGUACUGUAAUCCCUAAAUUGGAUUAUUAUAAGUAGACUGUACCUUUGUGUGUUGACAAUUCUUGUAAUGACAUGCCUGCUUGCAAUAAAUGGAGUCUGUGCAAUGA